CGAAGGCGGGGCCAUGCAAAGUACGCAAAGCCGCUUUCACGGGAUGCUCGGUCCGUAUAAUAAAAUCCGCGCCGAUAGGUGAGCGCUACAGCGGAGCAGCGUAAAGCACCGGCUUCAAGUAUCCUUUCACUUAUUAAAACAAUGGCAUCCAAGUGUCCCAAAUGCGACAAAACCGUCUAUUUCGCUGAGAAGGUGUCAUCCCUAGGGAAAGACUGGCACAAAUUCUGUCUGAAGUGUGAACGCUGUAGCAAGACCCUGACAGCAGGGGGCCACGCCGAGCAUGAUGGGAAACCCUACUGUCACAAGCCUUGCUAUGCUGCCCUCUAUGGACCAAAAGGCGUGAACAUCGGGGGUGCCGGCUCCUACGUAUAUGAGGCUCCUGCUAACAAUGUGCCUGCCAGUGUUCCCGUUGAAGCCCCCCCCAAACCGGCAGAGAAGAUUGCAUCUGCCCCCCCCAGGGGCCCCUCAAAGGCCGGCAACAUCACAACCUUCUCCGGGGAGCCCAGUGUCUGCCCUCGUUGCAAUAAGAAGGUGUAUUUUGCGGAGAAGGUGACUUCCCUGGGAAAGGACUGGCACCGGCCUUGCCUGCGCUGCGAGAGGUGCAACAAGACCCUGGCAGCAGGAAGCCAUGCAGAGCACGAUGGACAGCCAUACUGCCACAAACCAUGCUAUGCCGUCCUCUUUGGGCCCAAAGGGGUUAACACUGGAGGAGUUGGCAGCUACAUCUACGACAAAGAGCCAAGCACUGAAACUCAGCCUUAAGGGAUCUGCCUCAUGAGCGACACUGUCUAACACCAACACCCUCCUCUUCAGGCAUAAAUACGUACUGCUAUAAUCCUUAAGCAAAUCGCCCAGCUCACCUGACCUCUGUGGUGUUUACCCACUGUAUCACAGUCUUUCUUAAUGGCAGGGACCUAAUGCAUUCAUAUAUAUGUGCAUGUCGCAGUGAGAGCAUGUAAGACACUCUGUCAGGCAGCCGUACGCUUUAUGCAUGGAAUCACCCUCUUUUCUGAUGGUGUAGUAAAUGAAUGACAAAACAAAAGAAAUUGUUGCCAUACUUUAAAGUCUGGAGGUCUCACCUUCCAGAGAAUGCACAGAUAUGACAAGGCUCCAGUUCAAAUGGACUUCAGUGUUUUUACUAGACAAAAGUAUGCAAAGGAAAUGAUGAAAUGCAUAUAUAUACCUGGCUCAAGAAAGAAGACAGUAAUUUAUGAUUAAAAUUAUCCCUGUGGUUUUUCUCCCAUCCACAAUCCAAUUUGCAAUUCUUGGUAAUAGGAAGUAGCCAAUAGAAACUUAAUUGUCCUUAAUACAUUUUCUGAAAGAAUGUGCUUUAGUACUAUAUUGCUGUCAUUAGAUGAUAUUAAUGACCAUUUUUCUGUAAUAGAGCUUUAAACAUUAUGACUUUGAAUUAGAAAUAACAUAUGCCUCAAUCCAUGUCAUUUUUAACAAGAUUUAUAUAGUGUGUCAUUUUGUAUUUUUGCUGGUUUUUACGACCCGCGCUACAUUGAACACUGUAUUCUGUAUGGUUUCCAGCUCAUUGAAUUUCAUUAAAAUGCAUGUAAGAAUCAACUUUAAAUAAAUUCAUACAAUUAAAAAAAUAAUAAUAAUGGAUGGAUGGAUGGAUGGAUAAUCCUCAGUAAGUGCUUAUCUGGAGCUAAGGCAGGUGACAAUACAGGGGACGUCUGUCCAUCACAGGACAUAAGGCAGGUGAUGCCAUAGAGGGAACGUCUGUCCAUCACAGGACAUUAUCACUUUCACAUGCUAGUGCAAAUUAGAGUGACAAAUUGUUUGUACCAUAGAUGGAAAUACAGACAAGUUAUAGUCCCUGAUAUAGUAUAUUGUCAGCACUUCAAGGUAAUAAUGAAGAAGCUGGUUUUAGGUGGGUCAUAUUUGCGUAAUAAGAUAACAGUAUACAGUAUGUUACGCUGCCUUGACAAGCAGAAGUUCUCAGUCCAACCCUUCUGUUGAGCUCAUCUGCUUUUAGAAUCAGCAGACUAGCCCUUUGAUUACAUGAAUGACUAUUUAGCGCUUAUCUGUCUCACCCAUUAAAUCAGUUGCACGUCAGAAGGAAUAUUUGAGGUAACUGUCAAACUUAAAAGCACUGGGUUAGGAUUUCAUUCACCUGUGGCAGCACGCAGAGAAUUGUUGAGGGGAGCAGUGUUGUUUUAUUCUGUAAUAACAUACAGAGCUGACAUGGAAAAACAAGACAAGAUCAAACUAUAGAAAUUUGUACGUCAUGUUCCAUACUGUCUGGGUGAAGCACAUAUCAAAGGUUGUAUGUACCCCACUUUUCAGAUUUACAUCAGCCCUGCAAAAAAGUGUUUUCACCAUGAUGCGAGCCCAUAGUGAUACAGGCAAACAGGUAUGUCUGCAUAACUCCCUCGAACAGUGAACAUUUAUAUCAAUCUGAUUGCAUAACUGGCUGAAACUGCAAGAAGGGAAUUAAAACAUGUCAAAUAUU